AUGUCGCGGAAAGGGCAGCCCAUGAUAAAUUUUGAGGGGUACAAUUACUGCCGCAGGGUGGCCGCAGGUGUGAAGUUUGUGAAGUCGCGCCGUGGGAAGACCAUGAUAAAAAUCGGCGCCUUCACGUUCUGCGCCAAAAUCGCGUCGGGACCUAAAGUGCGGUGGGUCUGCUCCACGCACAACGGGAAGGGGUGCCACGCUGUCGUCCAUACCAUAGACAGUGAAAUCGUUCAGAUCAGGAACGAGCACAACCAU